CCAAGUCAUGUGAUUCACAAGAGGUGGAGUUGUCGCCUUUCUCUUGAUGACAUCACAUGCUCCUUCAGCAGGACGCAAAAAAUUAAUAAAAAACCAGACUGACCUCAAAUAAUAAGAAAAAACAGGCUGGCCUCUCGCUCACCAUCUACAGCCAGACGCUAUUUAGUGAAAAAACAGCCUCGGUUAGUGAAGAAGAAGCAUUAUGGCUGCAGCGAUGCGGUUUGCCCACUUUCGGACAGCGCUGGUCAGAGCCGCGGCAGGGUCAAGGGGAUGCCACAGAAGUGCGCCCAAAACCCAAUACGACGCCGUUAUCAUUGGAGGAGGACACAAUGGACUUAUCGCAUCAGCCUAUCUGCAGAAAGGAGGCCUUAAAACAGCUGUCCUAGAACGCAGGCAUGUGCUUGGAGGAGCUGCUGUGUCUGAAGAGAUCAUUCCAGGCUUUUGUUUUUCCCGGGCGUCCUAUCUCCUCAGUUUACUCCGUCCUCACAUUUAUCAGGAUCUGGAGCUAAAGAAACAUGGCCUGCAGGUAUAUAUGAGGGAUCCCAAUGCCUUCACCCCCUUGCUGGAGGAGGGGGUCGGGGGGCGGCCUCCUCGCUCUCUUUUGCUAGGAACAGAUCUGGCAAAGAAUCAGAAAGAGAUUGGAAAAUUCUCAGAGAAAGAUGCCAAGGUUUUUCCUGAUUAUGUGGCCCAUUUGGAGAAACUGGCCUGUGCAAUCCACCCACUUCUAGAUGCGCCCCCUGUUGAUGUCUUAGGAAUAACCCAGGGACCUCUCAGAAAGAGAGUAGCAGCAAUGAAGAGUUUGAAACCAUUGGUGAAAUCUGGGUUGAAAUUGGGAGUAAACAUUCCAGACUUCUAUGAGCUUAUAACAGCUCCAAUUGUGAAGGUAUUAAAUCGCUGGUUUGAGUCUGAGCCACUGCGUGCAACAUUAGCCACUGACGCUUUGAUUGGAGCCAAUAUAAGUCCCAGCAGUCCAGGCAGUGGGUACGUCCUCCUCCAUCACGUAAUGGGUGAGUUGGAAAUGGAAAAAGGAGCUUGGGGCUAUGUGGAAGGAGGCAUGGGUGGUGUCUCCAAAUCCAUUGCUAGUUCUGCAUGCUCUCUUGGAGCAGACAUCUUCACUGAACAGGAAGUUGGGCAAGUUCUAAUUGGUCCAGAUGGCAGUGCCAAGGGUGUUGUGAUGAAAGAUGGUACUGAGGUUCACAGCAAGGUGGUUUUGUCCAAUGCUACUCCUCAUGUAACUUUCAGGCAACUUACCCCACAGGAUGCUCUUCCUCAGGAGUUUAUUACUGCCAUAAAUCAGAUCGACUACACCUCUCCUGUCACCAAGAUUAAUGUGGCUGUUGACAAACUGCCAAAUUUCUUGGCUGCACCGAACCCUGCUGAUGGGAAACCAGGUCCUCAUCAUCAAUGUUCUAUUCACCUGAACUGUGAGAGUGUGGAGGUAUUGGAGGCAGCUUAUAGAGAGGGUCAGCAAAGCCGACCAUCUUCAAGACCCAUGAUAGAAAUGGUCAUACCAUCUGUGCUUGAUCCAACUCUAGCCCCCCCUGGAUGUCAUGUGGUCUCCUUCUUUAUACAGUUUACCCCUUACUGGCUGGAAGGGGGUCGUGCAUGGAUAGAUGAGGACAGGGAGAAAUUUGCAAACACAGUGUUUGACCAGGUUGACUGUUAUGCACCUGGAUUUAAAGACUCAAUAAUUGGCAAGGAAAUCCUCACCCCUCCUGAUCUGGAGAGGGAAUUUGGUCUCACUGGAGGGAAUAUAUUCCAUGGUGCAAUGUCACUAGAUCAGCUCUACUUGGCAAGACCUGUGCCCUCCAUUGCAAACUACCGUUCACCAAUCAAAGGGCUCUACAUAUGUGGCAGUGGUUCCCAUCCAGGUGGGGGUGUUAUGGGCUCCGCUGGUUGGAAUGCUGCCUUGGCUGUCCUGGCUGACCUUAAACAACAAUAAAUGUCUAAUGCAGGGUCCGGCAGCUGUGCAGUUCUACACAAAUAAGGAGCCCCGGCUAACUAAAAUGAUUCAUUGGAUUCCAAAAUUGACUAAUUGGAUUCUAAAUUAGAUUAAAAUAAAUAAUAAUGCUAAAUAUUUUCAGUCCAUCCUGGACAGUUCAGAGAGCAAUGACCAACCUCUCAGUGAUAGUGAUGACUGUGUUUUGUCAGAACUCUUGACUGUCUCUGCUAAUGUUGACAUUGUGUGAGCUCAGUUGACCUGAAGCUGUGUUGUAACUGACCAAAAUGUGUAACAUACAGUACUGUGGAAAAGUAAGAGACUAUCCUUCAUUUUUUUAAUAUCUGAUCAAAAUGACCAUUAAGUGAAAGUUAUCCAUUUUUCAGUGUCAGGAAUAAAGAAGAAACAUAUAUUUAACAGACAGUUACACCAAAGACUCAACCAAUUAAAGGAGCACUGUAUGAUUCUGGAGAAUUAAAUGUGAUAUUUGAACUCAACAGGAAAACAAAACACCCUCCCUUCAGGGCUCCUUCACAUUGUCAAGACCAGCAUGCUUUUUUCAUAUUAUACUCCAUGUAAGAGAUGUUUGAGUAAUUUUCUGUUAAAUGUUAAUUUUCUUUUCUGGCAUUUAAUAAGAAUAACACAUUCUGACUGCUUAAUGCCUUAAACAUUUCCUAUGAAAUACUGGGAAAUCAAAUCAUAUAUGAUUAUGUAUUCGAUUAAAUAUUUUAGGUGUUGUUUUUUGUAUUUGUUUCUUUCUUUUAAGGAUUAUGCAAGAAUAAACAUAUGCAUUUAAUUCAACUGUUUACAUUUAUAGUAUAAAUAACACUAACCAAACAGAAUCUUCAACAAUCCCUGAAAAACACACUCACAAUGUAACCUUCUCAACCCACUGUUUUCAUAGCCUACUGUGUCCUUGACAUACUACGGAUCUUACUGAAGUGGGCUGUUCUAACUGCACAGCUUUUUCCACACAGAUGCUGGAAAUAUGCUGAACUGGACAAGUUGCCUGUGAAAUGUGGAAUGGGGUCAAAAAUGUCUCAUAAAAAAUAAAAAUAAAACUGGAUUCUGUGGUCAAAUUAAACAUCAAAAA